AGGAAUUUGGAAGAAAGGAUACCCAGUGAUGUUUUACUGAAUCAGAAACACACCUUUCCCUGCAUCUUGAUACAUCCUUAUUCCCUUUAAUCUUUUCUUAAACAUCUAGUUUAGAAAAUAGCCCUUCUAUUGCUAUUUAAUCACCCCUCUUUUAAGGCCACUAGAUUGUUCAUCAAAUCAAACCCUAUUAUAUCUUUUUAGGCCCUCUUAACAGAAUGUAUAUGUGUAGGGUAUGGUCUGUGGAUCUUUGGGCCCACUGAUGAGAUUAGAGAGAGGGGUGCUAUUUGAAGUAGUAUACAAAAAUGUAUGUGCAUAUUUCCUUUUUUUUUUUUUUUUUUUUGAGACGGAGUCUCUGUCGCUAGGCUGGAGUACAGUGGCACGAUCUUGGCUCACAGCAAUCUCCGCCUCCUGAGUUCAAGUGAUUCUCCUGCCUCAGCCUCCUGAGUAGCUAGGAUUACAGGCACGCACCAACACACCCAGCUAAUUUUUGUAUUUUUAGUAGAGACGGGGUUUCACCAUGUUGGUCAGGCUAGUCUUGAACUCCUGACCUCGUGAUCCACCCACCUUGGCCUCCCAAAGUGCUGGGAUUACGAGCGUGAGCCACUGCGCCCGGCCGUAUGUGCAUAUUUCUAGGAUCCAUUUCUAUGUUUCUCAAAGGGGUCCAUGACCCAAAGGUUGAAAAAAACAUCACUGAGUUAGUUUUCUUGUAGCUUCCACCUCAACGGGAAAAUUUCCCCUGGAUCUGCUCUUGACUCCUAGUGUACUUCAAACCCUUCAGUCCAUCACAGUCUAAAGGUCGAGGGAAGGGAAAUGAAAUAGGAUUAUGUGUGGUUGCAGGAGGCUUUAAAUUCCAAAGAAUCUGAAGGUGGAUAGGAAAGAGGACUGGUGCCAGACAAAUCUGACAUUCUAGGCCUGUCUCUGUCAACUUACCAGCUGUGGCCUUGAUCAAGUUAGUGCCUUCUGCCUCGUUUCUUCAUCUGUAAAGCAAAAGCUGAAGAUUAAGGUCAAUUAUGUAAAGUAUGUGUGUCACACAAAAGUAGAUGACACUAUUAGGAAGGAGGCUUUUAGAUAGUCCCUAACUGACUUCUCUGUAUCUUCCUUUGGCUGAGACUUUUUUUUUUUAGGUCGAAGCUUGCUUUCUCUCUCUCUCCCUCUUUCUCCCUCUCUCUCUCUCUCUCUCUCGCUCUCUCUCUCUCCAUAUAUAUAUAUAUAUAUAUAUAUAUAUUUUUUUUUUUUAACAACUGGUAGGAUAGGUUGGGCAUUAGCCUUCUUCAGUGAUUUGAUUGUAUACAGAUUGAAAUCCUUUCCAUUUCCAAACACUUAAGAGCCAAAGCCAACUUUUCAGUGUCGGUUCCCUUACCUUAUAUCUCUUGGUAAUACCCCCCACCCCCGUUCCCUGAUUCCUGGUAAAAGCUCUAGUUGGAGAGCCGAAAGGAAAGGAAAUGAUCUUUCAAAAUUAAAGGUGAACACCUUCACUUAAACUGAUUAAAAUUGCAGCUCCACCGUCCGGCCUCUAGAGGGCAGUGUAUGGAUACAUUUGUCCAGGUUGGGGGACUAGGUUUGAUAAAUUUUGUCUUGCAUCAAAUGACAAAAGGGCAAUAGAAAAUGUAUUAUAUUUAUGCCCCUUACUUUGAGAUAAGAGACUACAACCUUCAUACUUCGGGGUGUUAAGCUGCCAUUGCUCUUGUUAAGGGGCAGUUUGUUUUUUAAGAGAUGGGGUCUUACUCUGUUGUCCAGGCUGGAGUGCAGUGCCGCGAUCUUGGCUCAGUGCAACCUCGAACUCCUGGGCUUAAGCGAUCCUCCCGCCUCAGCCUCCCGAGUACUGGGACUACAGGCGUGUGCCACCAAGGGGCGAUUAUUAUUAUUUUUUUUUUCUACGCAAAAUAAAAGACGGCUAUUCAGUGUUGUUGUUUCAUUUUUGUUUGGGGAGAAAUUCGACUAGCCCAAGGAAUCUCAAAUUCUUGGAACCACUAUUUUAGGCAUUUCUGUUAUCAUUCCUGGAAUACGAGAACUAAGCGAUUGACUUUGCUUUCCCUAAAAGAUAAACAGGGUAGUUGUAGUUGCAACAGAGUAGAUAGAGGUAGGUCUACCCAGGGUUUAAAGUGGAGAUCACAGCCGGGAAAAACCGGACUGGAUCCCGAGGCCUCCUCCAGGGAGGGGCGGCAUGGGUGUCUCAAAAUCUCCCACCUGUCAGCCCAACUUUUGGAUUCCUUGUCACCUUCCACACUGCCGAGCUCCGGACAUACAGCCCCGGUGCACGAGGGUCCCAUUCUUUGCACACCAGGGGUAUAAUGGACUCCGGACUGUUGGCGAGAGUGACAGCAAAAACAGCCAGCCUCUUCUCCGAGGCUUCUUAGCAACCUGCCUGUCUCGGCUCCAGGAGGCGGGUUCCAGCCAAUGGUUGAGCCACCCGCUUCCAGCCAAUGGCUAAGGGAUAAGCUGAGGGGAGUGAGAGGUCCCUUACUGCAGCCGGACAUAACGGCGCUGGCCCCACCCCUUCUCGAGAACUCGCAGAGCUGGGCUGGUAAAAUUGCAGUGCUGAGGACACUGGACCCGCAAAAGGCUGUCCCUCCCAAACCUGGGAUUCUGGGCUCACUGAGUUCACCUGCGAGUCAGCCCUACCUGCACUGCUCUGGUCUAGUACAAACAGGCUGCUGGCAUUGAGGGUCUCGCUCUCUGUUGCCCAAGCUGAAGUGCAGUGGCACAGUCGGCUCACUGUAACCUCAGACUCCUGGGCUUAGAUCUUCUCAUCUCAGCCUCCAGAGUAGAUGGGACCACAGGUCUGCUACAAUGCUGCUGCUGCACAGAGCUGUGGUCCUCAGGCUCCAACAGGCCUGCAGACUCAAGUCAGUCCCCUCAAGGAUCUGCAUUCAGGCCUGCUCCACAAAUGAUUCAUUUCAGCCCCAGCGCCCCAGCCUCACCUUCUCUGGUGAUAACUCCAGCACCCAGGGAUGGAGAGUCAUGGGGACCCUAUUAGGUCUCGGUGCAGUGUUGGCCUAUCAGGACCAUCGGUGUAGGGCUGCUCAGGAGUCAACACACAUAUACACUAAGGAGGAAGUGAGUUCCCACACCAGCCCUGAGACUGGGAUCUGGGUAACUCUGGGCUCUGAGGUCUUUGAUGUCACAGAAUUUGUGGACCUACAUCCAGGGGGGCCUUCAAAGCUGAUGCUAGCAGCUGGGGGUCCCCUAGAGCCCUUCUGGGCCCUCUAUGCUGUUCACAACCAGUCCCAUGUGCGUGAGUUACUGGCUCAGUACAAGAUUGGGGAGCUGAACCCUGAAGACAAGGUAGCCCCCACCGUGGAGACCUCUGACCCUUAUGCUGAUGAUCCUGUACGUCACCCAGCCCUGAAGGUCAACAGCCAGCGGCCCUUUAAUGCAGAGCCUCCCCCUGAGCUGCUGACAGAAAACUACAUCACACCCAACCCUAUCUUCUUCACUCGGAACCAUCUGCCUGUACCUAACCUGGAUCCAGACACCUAUCGCUUACACGUAGUAGGAGCACCUGGGGGUCAGUCACUGUCUCUUUCCCUGGAUGACUUGCACAACUUUCCCAGGUACGAGAUCACAGUCACUCUGCAGUGUGCCGGCAACCGACGCUCUGAGAUGACUCAGGUCAAAGAAGUAAAAGGUCUGGAGUGGAGAACAGGAGCCAUCAGCACUGCACGCUGGGCUGGGGCACGGCUCUGUGAUGUGUUAGCCCAGGCUGGCCACCAACUCUGUGAAACUGAGGCCCACGUCUGCUUUGAGGGACUGGACUCAGACCCUACUGGGACUGCCUAUGGAGCAUCCAUCCCUCUGGCUCGGGCCAUGGACCCUGAAGCUGAGGUCCUGCUGGCAUAUGAGAUGAAUGGGCAGCCUCUGCCACGUGACCACGGCUUCCCUGUGCGUGUGGUGGUUCCUGGAGUGGUGGGUGCCCGCCAUGUCAAAUGGCUGGGCAGAGUGAGUGUACAGCCAGAGGAAAGUUACAGCCACUGGCAACGGCGGGAUUACAAAGGCUUCUCUCCAUCUGUGGACUGGGACACUGUAGAUUUUGACUCUGCUCCAUCCAUUCAGGAACUUCCUGUCCAGUCGGCCAUCACAGAGCCCCGGGAUGGAGAGACUGUAGAAUCAGGGGAGGUGACCAUCAAGGGCUAUGCAUGGAGUGGUGGUGGCAGGGCUGUGAUCCGGGUGGAUGUGUCUCUGGAUGGGGGCCUAACCUGGCAGGUGGCUAAGCUGGAUGGAGAGGAACAGCGCCCCAGGAAGGCCUGGGCAUGGCGUCUGUGGCAGUUGAAAGCCCCUGUGCCAGCUGGACAAAAGGAACUGAACAUUGUUUGUAAGGCUGUGGAUGAUGGUUACAAUGUGCAGCCAGACACCGUGGCCCCAAUCUGGAACCUGCGAGGUGUUCUCAGCAAUGCCUGGCAUCGUGUCCAUGUCUAUGUCUCCCCAUGAGCAUGGAAAGGAGCCACCUCCACCCCUUUCCCCACCCAUUAGCCUCACUGCUUCAGAAAAAUCUUUCCCACCUUUCAACUUCUUGGAUCACAACUCUGGCCUUCCUAAGCCAUACCCAAGUACACAUAUAGCACAUUUCACCCAAGGACCUUCCCUCUUUGGACACUAUGUUACAUACCCCUCUUGGCCUUUGAACCUGUGCCAGGAAGUGUGAGCUGUUACAGCAAGGGGCUAGAAGUGAGACAAGUAAUUCUGGAGACAAGCACUAUUUUCUCUUCCUACCCCACCUCCAUUUCUAAUGCCUACUGCCAUCAAGGCCUUGUUUUGCUUUUCUUUUUGGAUUGUUCAGAGAAAUGUGUGUGGCAUGUGUAAGAAAAGUGUAUAUACUAUCUUAUACUACCUCUCCAGGUUGCCAGAGAGUUGCGAGGAGAGCAAGGGGCACAACCGUCUCCCUUUAUAGUUCUACUUUUCUAAUAAAUAGUCCGUUUAAGAUCAUAA